AGGAAAAAACUCGUGACAUAGUGGCGGCCUCGGAUCACGUGCGACGCGGGUCGCGCGAAUCUUAAAUGUCAUGGGAAAGGUGACGAUGAGGAUGUAUGAUUCGGAGGAAUCCCAUGAGCGAAUUAAGAAGAAAAAACGUAAGAAGGAUCUCGAGGAGCUAAGACGUAAUGCCCUCGCUGCAAAACGCAACAUGCUAAGUAGACCAGCAGAUUUGAAAAAAUCAAAAACAAGUUUGAUGAAGUGCCUCAAUGAAUUUGCUGCAAAGAGGGCUGAAAUAGAAAAUGUAGUUCAAAGUCAAGAUUCAUUGAUUAAAAAAACAAAAAUCAUUAGUGAGACAAUAUUACCAGAACCACUCAAUACGAAAGGAUUUUUUCUAGGAGGCGUAAAAGGAAAGCUGUUAACACGCCCCUCUGAUUCACAAAAGAAAAUAAAAGAUGCCAUAUUACAUAGCGAUGCCUUAAAACUUUUACAAAGUGGCGGUUACAACUAUAGUGUACCAGAUGAAAAGGAAAAACAUACUACAGAAAAUAAUGUAGAUUCACAAACUAAAAUGAAUAUUGCAAAAUUUUUUGAAGAUUCUUCAGAAAGUAGUUCUUGUACAGAUGAUUCUAGAUCAAUUAAAAAUGUAGUCAAGUCUAGUCCUAUAUUAGGAGGCAUAAAAAGGAAAGUGAGGCUGGUUAAAUUAGAUGGCGAUACAAGAGCUAAAAAUUUUUCUUCCAAGAAAUACCAAUCCCCUGUAAUAAAACCCUUUGCAAAAGAAGAAAAAUGCAAAAGGCGAUUAUUUGAAGAUGAAAAUAUUGGUGUAAAUAGUAGAAAUUCUGAAUAUAAUAAUGAUCAUUUUGAUAACAUUGCUCCUAUAAGAUUUUCUCCCAGAAAAUCAACACCUGAAAAUGUUAUUUUUUUUACUGAUCAGAUACCACAUAAGGAUGUAGAUAAUAGACUAAAUAACAAAAAUAAUAAUCAUAAAAUUAAUCCCUUAAAUCCAAAAUUAAUUAAGUGCUAUGUACAAAUAUGUAAAAUGAUUGCUGAAAAGGAUCUUAAAAAUAUUUUUUGCCAUAAUGUCAAAGAUCCAAUGGAAAUUACAAAAGCUGCUUUAAGAAAUACUUAUGCAAAUGCAUUUAAAGAGUAUAUUCACCAACAAAAAACCUCUGUAUGUGAGGAAAGCUCGCACUCAGUAAAUAGGACCACUAUUUCUGAUAAUUCAAAAAUAAUGUUAGAGCCCGAUUCUGCAAUAGCCAGAAUUUUGAAGAAAAAUUCUGAAUUGAAAAUAAAAGAUCCAAUAUGGAUUUCAGAAAAUAAUUCAGAUGUAUCCACAAAUUUUGAUGAUUUAAGAACUAAUUUUUCCACAUCAUUGUUCACUAUUGAAAACAAUCUGAAAAGAAAACAUGUUUGUUCAUCAAAGGGUGAACAAAGUGAUGCUGAAAUUCCUUCGUCAAUUAAAGUAAACGCAGAUCCAGAGAGUGCAAGAACGGAAUUGAAAAUGGAUUGCAUUCAUCCAGAAAGACAAGAACUUAUUGCUCGGUACUUGAAAGAUGUUGAUACAAAUAACACGCAUGAGAAAGAAAGAAGUAUUUUUGAUAUUCAGAGAAAUUGUGGAAAGGAAUUUAAUAAUCAUAAAUUGGAAAAGGACAAACUUUAUGUAAAUGAUAAUGUUAAAAGUUCAUUUUUAAUACAUAAGAAUACAAAGCAUAUUCCAGCUAUAUUAAGAAAAAAUCGCGCUUUAGUGGAUUGCAUAAGUAGAGACAAAAUUUUACUUAGUAUAGAAAAGUAUCCAAAAAUUGGAGAUCCAGUGAAUAAGCCAUCCUUAUUAGAUUUUGAUUCGGAUAGUAGCUUAAAGAGCGAACGUACUCCAAAUUGUGGAAAUUCAACUUCUAAUCAAUUGAUGGAAGCUCCAAAGUGUAAAUAUAUGUACAUGAAUGCCAAAUAUAAUCAGCCAUCAAGGAUAAAUAUUCCAUUAAUGCAGAACAAAAGAUUUCAAAGAAAUGUUGCACCAGAAAGACACUUAUUCCCAUCGCCAAAUAAUGUUGAGAAGCAUUUUGUUGUUAAUCAAACUUUUGAAUUGUCUCCAUUGAAGGAACAAUUACAUUUCGCCGAUAUUAAACAAGAUUUUCAUAGAUGUCGAUUGUCACAAGAAAGUUCUGAACAAGACAAUAAAUGCAUGACUCGUAUGACAAGUUUUGGUGAUAUUCAAGAAAGAGCAAAUCGUUUGACUCUCUGCUCGAGUCAAAAUUGUUCCCAAGAAAGUAUGGAGCGUAUGUAUUCUUCCCAAGAGGAACGUUAUAAUUUACAACCUAAUUAUUAUUAUCAACAAAAUGAUAACUCGAAAAAUCAUAUGGAUUACAAUAAUCGAACGUGUAUAGCAUAUAAUAAAAUACCUUCAUCGCAGAGCUUCAGUAUUGCAUUAAAACCAAACUAUGAUGGUCAUUCACACAAUGUAAAAAAGUGCAAUGAACAAGCAUCCUGUAUGUCCGCAAAUGAUUUUCAAAUUCUCCAGCCGAAAGAUUAUAUCUUCAAGAGGACCGAAAAUUCCAAUUGUUGUUUAACAAAUGAUUGCCAGAUGUGUAGAAAACAAUUAAAUCAACGGCAUAAUCAAGGAUCUUUGAUGAAUUCCUUGCCAUUACAACAACAAAAUGUAUGUCAACCAGUAAAGUUUAUUGCCAUUGAGGAAAAUAGAGUACCUCAAAGACGUCCAAUUUAUAAUGCAAAUGAUGCCAAUUCUUGUCCAUUUAUACAUAAGCCAAGCAUUCCAAGCCACCAAUUCAAUCAAAUAAUAAAGCCCUGCUUUACAAGCGAAAUAUUAAAUCAGGAGCAAUGUUUAAUGCCUUCAAUUCAAUUACAUUCUCAAGGAGCACCUCAAUCCAUUAUUAGUUCCGAUUUUAAAUAUGACAAUAUUCAUAAAGUCGGCAACAUAACUGCUUCAAAUGCACAAAAAUUGUCUAAUUUAAAUAACGAAUUUUUCAAAUUAAGCAGGAAUUCAAUUCAUUUUGCUCCUAAUAGCAUAUCAAAUCAAACACUUAUUACUCAGCACAAUAUGCCCAUUCAUUCGGCUGUUGGUAAUAAAAAGUACAUUGGACAGCACAUGCAAAAGCAAUUUCCAUCUUCUUUAUACUCGCAGGUCGGGUAUCAACCGAAUCAUUAUAAUAAUAAUGAGGAUUAUAAGAUAAAUGAUGAUUACCAGAAUCAAAUGAAUCAUUUUAUACAUUCCAACAGGCCGUGAAAUAAAAAGA